AUGUCAGCAGUUAACAAGCAAGUCACAGGACGUACCACACGUCACAGCAGGUUGUACAAUCUUCCAGAGAUCAAAUCUUGCACCAUAGAUCUUGAUGGUCAUAAAGGGCACCAUAUUCAGAUCCGACAGACAUAUGAAGAAGGUGUAUGGAGUGAAUGGAGUGACCCAGUGUUUGUACCUGCAGAUAUUGGAUAUACAUUGGAGGCAAGUUAUGUUCCAGGAAAAUUAGACAACACUGGGAGCAGAAGCAUCAAUUUGACGUGGAAGCCGAGUACGGAAGAGCAAGGUGAUAUGAAGUAUGACAUCAGUCUUACCUUACUGUCAUGCCCUGAUGUAACCGUACACAAUCAGACAAAAAGGAAUUGGUUUCAUUCAAGCAUAUCUGGAGCAUCUUACAGUGUAACUGUUACAGCUUCUAAUCAAGCUGAAAAGGCAACUACAUGGUCAUCAGUAAUUGAAGGUGAUUGGACAGGAAAACAUUUUAAAAGUGUAAAUAUAUCAGAAAACAAUUUAAUAAUGAACUGGGAAGUGGGAAGAGCAGAGAAAACACGUUAUUGCAUUGAGUGGAAGUCUACUACUGGAGAGGAAGUUUUUUUUAGCAACCUCACAGGAAAUUAUGAGAGAAAUCAACUAAAUAUACCUACAGGUUCUUUCUACCCAAUGCAGUGUUACCGAAUUAGCAUUCACAAACUUAAUCAAACUCAAAGUACUGUGGGAACAGCAUAUUAUUUCAAGCCUUUAUUGACUGUAGGGCCAGGAAACCUGUCAGUGGUGAAUGUCACUGCCCACUCCGUCCUCCUGAAAUGGGAUGCAUUUGAUCUUUGUGAAUGUCAACAGCUUCUAAAAAACUGGGUUAUUUUCCUCACAGACCAUAAGACAAAUGUCUCAAGAGGAGAGAUUUCUGAAAAUUCAUCUGUGACUCAUUACCUUGUGCAAGACUUGCCUUUGGGAUUCAAUUAUACCUUUGAGGUUAAAGGAGUGACCGUCUAUGGAGAACAAACUGGAAGCAGUUUUAAGUCUGUAUCUACUCCUGAAAAAGCUUUGAAUGAUAAUAUAUGGAUUUCUGCAAGGACUGGGCUGAUCGUUCUUGCAGUUGCGGCUUUUGUAGCCCUCCACUGUUUUGUUGCAAAAAGGCUCAGCAAACGAUUGUGUCCUGAUCUUCCGGAUCCCAGUAACAGCAAUGCAACAACGUUUGUUUCCAGGGAUAAUAAAUACAUUUUGAGCCCAAAGCACCUUAUUGAUACCAGCAGUGAAGAUAAGAAUGAUGACCCACUGAUGAUAGAGACUACUGGGAAGACUGAAGCUAACAAAGUGGCUGUCAGGAAAACUGAGAUCACUGAUGUGGUUAUCACCCAGCAGCUGUCUGACAAUGACCAUGCAGUAACGACUGAAGUGGAGACAGAUUUCCAGUUUGAAUACAGGAAGCAAUUGGUUCCUACAACUCCAGGAAUUGAAAAGGAAACCAUUAUUCAGUUCUUUGGAAAAUUAAAAGAUGACUUCGCUCACCAAGUUGAGCUCCCAAAAGAAAUUGAUACCUUGCUAAUCCACAAUGAAGAUAUGAUAUCUGUUUAAGAAUCUUAGUGGAAACUCCAACUAAACUGUAAACAUACAUACUUAAAUGCUUUUGGGGAAGAUCUAUGAUCCUUGCAUAUAUCAUGCCAGUAUGACCCUUCCUGCUUUGGUUCUUUACAGAGACAAAGCGGGAAGCAAUAGUGGCGAGUUGUAAGAACAUCUCAAAUGCCGGAGGAGGGGAGUGAAUAUGCCCCAUUCUGGUGAACCCUGCCAGGUCUCCCACAGUGCAUCAGCCUAGUGCUGAUGCGCUGUCUCCCCCUUCCUGGCCGUCUCACUGGGCAUGCGUGAGAACAAGAAAUUUUCCAUGGGAGACCAAUUUUAUUUAUUGGUUUUAGUUCAUAUUUAUGCUGUACUGUAGUUCUGUUAUUAACAUAAAAUAAUUACAUAACGUUAACAUACUUUUUCAACUAUAUGAAACAUCUAGAUAUAUUAGUUACACCACAUUGUAAACCAUUUGAUCAAAAUAACAAUCGAAAGUAAUAAAAGUAUUAAAUGUGUUUUAUUGAAAAAAUUAGUAAACAAACAAAAAGAAAUGGAUUGUUGUAACACACAGCUAUAUACAUUAAGGGACAUAUCCAAUUAGCUGUGUGUUGAAGAUAAAACCAUCUCCUAUAUCAAGUUCCUUCGGUUGUCUGUUUAAAUACCUUUGACCAAUCGAUUGGGAGACUCAAUCAGACGACAUCACGCUUGGUUAUGUUGAUAAGAAUGAGCCUGAAGCAGUUUAUUGUCUAGGGGUUCUGAUAGGCAUAUACAGGAAUUUGUUACACGUCCCAAAACAUAAGUAUAAGCAUCAUUUCUCAUACAUAGAAAUUUUGAGACAUUACAAUCCUUGAGAGUCAGUCUGUAGACACUGUUCCCAAAACAUUACUGUUCUCAAAAACAUCACUGUUCUCAAAACAUGUUCCAGGAGAUAAGUGAUUAGAUUAACCUUGAUUCUCAGAGGAAUUUCUUUCCAACUAAUAAAA